CCGGCCGUCCAUCCGUCCGUCCCUCCUGGGGCCGGCGCUGACCAUGCCCAGCGGCUGCCGCUGCCUGCAUCUCGUGUGCCUGUUGUGCAUUCUGGGGGCUCCCGGUCAGCCUGUCCGAGCCGAUGACUGCAGCUCCCACUGUGACCUGGCCCACGGCUGCUGUGCACCUGACGGCUCCUGCAGGUGUGACCCGGGCUGGGAGGGGCUGCACUGUGAGCGCUGUGUGAGGAUGCCUGGCUGCCAGCACGGUACCUGCCACCAGCCAUGGCAGUGCAUCUGCCACAGUGGCUGGGCAGGCAAGUUCUGUGACAAAGAUGAACAUAUCUGUACCACGCAGUCCCCCUGCCAGAAUGGAGGCCAGUGCAUGUAUGACGGGGGCGGUGAGUACCAUUGUGUGUGCUUACCAGGCUUCCAUGGGCGUGACUGCGAGCGCAAGGCUGGACCCUGUGAACAGGCAGGCUCCCCAUGCCGCAAUGGCGGGCAGUGCCAGGACGACCAGGGCUUUGCUCUCAACUUCACGUGCCGCUGCUUGGUGGGCUUUGUGGGUGCCCGCUGUGAGGUAAAUGUGGAUGACUGCCUGAUGCGGCCUUGUGCUAACGGUGCCACCUGCCUUGACGGCAUAAACCGCUUCUCCUGCCUCUGUCCUGAGGGCUUUGCUGGACGCUUCUGCACCAUCAACCUGGAUGACUGUGCCAGCCGCCCAUGCCAGAGAGGGGCCCGCUGUCGGGACCGUGUCCAUGACUUCGACUGCCUCUGCCCCAGUGGCUAUGGUGGCAAGACUUGUGAGCUUGUCUUACCUGUCCCAGACCCCCCAACCACAGUGGACACCCCUCUAGGGCCCACCUCAGCUGUAGUGGUACCCGCCACGGGGCCAGCCCCCCACAGCGCAGGGGCUGGUCUGCUGCGGAUCUCAGUGAAGGAGGUGGUGCGGAGGCAAGAGGCUGGGCUAGGUGAGCCUAGCUUGGUGGCCCUGGUGGUGUUUGGGGCCCUCACUGCUGCCCUGGUUCUGGCUACUGUGUUGCUGACCCUGAGGGCCUGGCGCCGGGGUGUCUGCCCCCCUGGACCCUGUUGCUACCCUGCCCCACACUAUGCUCCAGCGUGCCAGGACCAGGAGUGUCAGGUUAGCAUGCUGCCAGCAGGGCUCCCCCUGCCACCUGACUUGCCCCCUGAGCCUGGAAAGACCACAGCACUGUGAUGGAGGUGGGGGCUUUCUGGCCCCCUUCCUCACCUCUUCCACCCCUCAGACUGGAGUGGUCCGUUCUCACCACCCUUCAGCUUGGGUACACACACAGAGGAGACCUCAGCCUCACACCAGAAAUAUUAUUUUUUUAAUACACAGAAUGUAAGAUGGAAUUUUAUCAAAUAAAACUAUGAAAAUGCAA